GAGCAAACGUGUCCUUCCUUCUUCUUACCAUUACUCUAUCUCUCUCUCUCUCUCUCUCUCUCUCUCCAAAUACAACUAGGUACUUUACUCUGUAAAAUCAUCUACUGUAAAGGUAAAACGAAAAGCAAAAGCACGAGCAUCACCAUGGGAGAUUCAGAGGAGGAGUGGUUGAAGAAAGGAGCGGAGGUGGAAGUGAGCUUCGAAGACGAGGGUUUCAGAGGGUCCUGGUACACAGCCACUGUCCUCCGAACCGUCUCCAAGAAGAACAACAAGAUCUUCGUGGAGUUCCACAGCCUCAUGGCCGACGAUCGUGGUUCCAAACCUCUCCGAGAGUUCGUGAAUGUGAUCUUGGUUCGUCCAGUCCCUCCUCGAGAGCUCAGUCGGACCUUCAAGCUCAGCGAAGAGGUCGAUGCUUUCCACAACGACGGUUGGUGGGAGGGUAUUGUCACUGCCAUUCUCCAAGAUUCUAGAUACUCUGUUUUCUUCAGAAGUUCCAGGGAGCAGAUUGAUUUUCCUGAUUCCGAUCUGCGCUUGCACCGUGAGUGGGUCCAUGGGAUUUGGGUUCCCCCAUUGGAACAACAACCUCCUCCUCCUCAAGAACAAGAAUAAGCCCCGUCUUCUUAGUUUCAUUUCAGGUUGUUGUGGACCGAAAAUCAUGGCUGCCUAUGGAAUUUCGGGGCAUUUUUAUUGGAUUUUCAUGGAGAACCAUUUCUGAUGAUCCUUGUCAUCGCAUCUUCCAUUGCUGUGUGGUUUAUCUAGAUCUUCACAAAGACACAUUGUGGUGAGGUUUUCUUUUGUUGGUUUACAAGUUCAUGUAGAAAAGAUGUGAAAAAGUUUAAUAUUGCACUCUAGUACACGACUUAUGGGCUUAUUACUAAUGUGAUUAAAGCUGCUUUGGUUUGCAAAUUCAAUAUUA